CGUUAUUUCCGGUGACGGGUUGCUAUAGCAACCCCACAUAAACAAACAAGGCUCUCAACUUGUGAAGACUCCACGUUUCUGAAGUUAUCGCCCCAGUUUAUGACUGACUCCAUAUAUCCUACGAAUAUUUAUCUUUCUUACUAACAUUUCGUAUUAAACAUUUAGCCAGGUGUAUCAGCCAUGGAAGAGGAGCCGGAGACGAGAGAAAAGCUGCGAGCUGACCCGUCUGUGAACGCUCACCGACCCGCGUCCGGAAAGUCCCAGGACAUUUCUCACGUGUUAGCAAGCAUCUUCAAGCAUCUUUACACAAACGACAUCAUUGGAAAAGACGCUGUCUCCAACCUGGUUAAGACGAAAAGUGGACGAGGCAGCUAUCAUGACAGAUAUGUGAAAGAGCUCCAGCAGGCUCAUUGUGAAUUUGAACAGUGUGUUAAGGAGGCAGACAUGCUGGAGAGUCACAUCAUUCAGGCCAGAGCAUCAGCCGCAGCCACAGAAACCCAGGCUUAUGAGAGAAUGAGGGAAACAACAGGCGAUGUUUGUGAUCACCAGAGACUGCUUACAGUCAAAUCAGCCUUUUCCUGGUGUGUGGAUGAAAAUCUUCUUGAAAUGAACAAUCUGAUUUCCCCAAAAGACUACUUAGCGACACAAAAACCACACGUUCGAGCACCAGCAGCAGAAAAAUGGAAUCCUGCCAGACCCACCAUUGCCUACUCCAUGCAUGUGUCCGUAAAGCCUCAGGAUGAUGGCUGUACUGCGACUGACUUAAAAGUCACUGAGGUAGACCCCAGCGUGACCUUCGAGUCCUGCUCAGACACCCCGAGGAAGAAGAAAACCCACAGGGAGCCAAAGCAGACCAAGCCUAGACCGAAAUGGAAGGACGAGCCAAGUGCAAAGGAUCGAGCGGAGGCUUUGGAAAAACUUCAGAAGCUGAAAGAUCGCCACAGCUUCCUCCGCAAUCCACGUUUCCUUCCCCCAAAUGCGCAGCAGGGCGGCAUGUCUCUGAUCAGGCCCAGAACUAAAGUGAAGGCAGAGCCGGAGAGGAAAUGCACUGAAGAGAAAAGCCAAGCUGAUGAGCCUGCUCCAGUCUUCCUAGCAAUGCCUUCACUGGUGGUUUUCACCAACUACAGCGUGGGACACGUCUAUGAGACUGCACUGGAGCUUAAAAACUUGACUUCUUCAAGCCGCCAAAUCCGAGUUAUCCCUCCCACCACUCCUUACUUCUCUCUUGGCCUGGGUAGAUUCCCUGGUGAAGGCGGCAUUGUUGCCCCAGGAAUGAGCUGUAAGUACAUGCUACGUUUUGCUCCAGACUCCCUGGCAGACUACAAGGACUUUAUAGUGGUGGAGGCCCAGGCUGAGGACCCAUUCGUGGUGCCAGUCGAGGCAUGGAGACCUCCUCCCAUACUCACCCUACCAAGAGUCCUGGACUGUGGUUAUUGUCUCAUCGGAGGAGUUAAGUUUGUUGAGUUUCUGUGCCAGAAUGUGGGUCUCAGCUCUGGGACCUUUUGCAUUAUUCCCAAGCAUCAGUGGCCAGCCUCAAAUCUUAGGUCUUUGGCCAGAACAUACUUUUCUGAGCAGCCACCCUUUGCAGUCAGUCCCUCCCUUUUUGUGCUGCAGCCAGGAGAGGCCACUGUUGUUGAAGUGGUUUUCUUUCCAACCACUGCAGAGAAGAUCUGCCAGGUUUUCACUGUUGUCUGUGACAACUGCCAGGUGAAAGACAUUUCCAUUGAAGGUGAGGGCCAGCUGAUCGCGCUGGAGCUGGUGUCUGUAUCUGGGGAGGAGGAGCCUCCUGUGGUUGGGGAGAUGCACGAUCUCACUGCAGAGCACUUUGUCCGUUUCAGCCCGUGCAACCCUCACUCUGUGCAGCAGAAGAAGAUUGUCAUCAGAAACAAUGUUCACUUGGAGCUGCCUUUUCACUGGCAGAUCAUGAAGCCCAACCUGCACCCUCUACUUCCAGGGGAAACCCCUGAAGCCUCACGCAUUCAGUUCCACUUGGCCACGGAUGAUGUUUUCCAUAUCAGUCCCUCAACAGGGAUUCUGGCUCCCUGCCAGGACCAAGAGUAUCUGCUCAUCUUUUGCCCUAAAGAGUUAAAGGAUUACCACAGUGUCUGUCACUUAGUCCUGAGAGACGUCCCCCAGCUGCCACCAGAGCCCACUGACAGCAGCAUCCUUCAGCCUGUGCAGCCUGGCUCCAAGGUAACAAGCGUCAUCAUCAUGGAAAUAGAGGUCAAGGGCUCAACAGAGCCAUAUCAGAUCCUGCUGGAGCCAUACGCUGUUGUAAUCCCUGGAGAGAUUUUUAUUUGCACACCCACUUGCAGGCAGUUCAAGAUGUGGAACCACAGCAAAACCUUUAUCUGUUUUCAAUGGGAGAGGAUGAACAGCAGCUGUCAUAUAAUGGAAGUGGAGCCAUCUGCUGGCAGAAUAGAGGAGAACGAAUGUUUUGACUUCAAUCUUUUUGUGACGGGAGGGAAAGCAGAGAAGGUUGUGACCCGUUUGGUUUGCUACAUACAGCACAGCCACGAGCCCGUCACUUUGGCCGUUGAAGUAUCCUUCAAAGGCCCCGCGGUGACUCUCAGUGUGCCCAGCAUUGACUUUGGACUCAUAAGGCCCGGAGAGCAGACUCAGACCACCCUGCUCCUUACCAAUAUCACCCAGCUGGAUGCCUCUUGGAUCCUGGAGGACAAACAUCAAGACUCACAGAUCUCAGUAGAGCCAUGCAGGGGUCUGUUGCCUCCCUUGGCCUCUUGCAAUGUGGAUGUGCUCUUUAAGCCACAUUCCUGCCAGCAGUUUGAAACAGAGCUGGAACUGACUGUGGAGAAUGGGACAGGAUGUCACCUGUCAGUGCGAGCAGAUGUACAGUCUUCCCAGGUCUGUCUUCUGAACUGCAUGCUGUCCUUCCCUGAACUUUAUGUUGGAGCUCCUGCCACAGGCACCGUAACUCUUUUCAACCAGACCCUCCUGCCAUCACACUUCAGCUGGAUGGCCCAGCUCCAGGGUAAACAAGCUUCAGUGUGUUCAGCCUCUUUUGACCCCUCCUCUGGUACUCUGGGACCUAAUGUCAGCAUGGAAAUCACAGUGACUUUUACUGCUCACACAGAUCUGGAGCUGACCAAGGUAGCUGCUGUCUGUGAAGUCCAGGGAAUGAACUCCCCUCUAGUUGUUGGAAUUGUGGGCAAACCCCAAAAUCUCAGUGUAUCUUACUCACUGCCCGUUGUCUGUUCAAAUGGUCAAAGCCCCUCAACACCAGUACUUGACUUUGGAGAUGGUGUUGUAUUGAAGAGAGCUGUUAUCAAGCAGUUACUGAUAACCAAUCAAACUUCUAUCCCUGCUCCUUUUACCGCAGAGGCAGAAUACUUCACCUGCCAUGCCUCAAAGCCAGAUAACCAGCCAGAGAAAAGAUUUGCAUAUGCUGCGAAUCCGCUCCACUCUGUUCAAGCUAAGAAAGCAGAGGAAAAGGCACACGAGGAGUUUGUGAGCAGCCUGCUGGCUCAUGGAAAAGGUGCAGCUUUUUCUGUCACGCCCAACGCAGGGAUGCUGGGACCGUUUGAAAGUCAGACUCUGGAUGUGACUGCCUACACUGACAUGUGGGGAGAGUACAGAGACCACCUCAUAUGUAAAGUGGGGGACCUUGAGCCUGUGCUUAUUCCCAUACAUAUGACGGUGAAAGGCUGCCCCCUCUACUUCCAGAUGAUAGGCCCACGAUCACAGGACCAGAACCAAGGGCCAAUCAUACAGUUUGGCACUCAUGUAUCAGGCGGUGACACGGUCUCUCGUUCUCUUCGCAUAAACAAUCCCACCAUGUUUGAUAUUCGUUUGGACUGGGAGACUUACAACAUAGAUCGGAAUGACCGUAAACUGCUGGAUGUCGUGGUGCUGUUUGGAGACGCCUUCCCGCUUAAAGAUGCUGAUGGCAAUGAGGUGCUGAGCGGGGCAUUCAGGCUUUCCGAUGGAAUCUUUCAAACAGCAUGGGAAAAAACACACACCACAGUCUCUGAGGGAACAAGCGCUUCUCUCCAAAGCUUGACUGAUGUGGAAGAGGAGGAACUCCUGUCUGAAGAUGAGCGUGAGGAGGAAGAGAAGACUUGUUUUUAUCCCUCCCCUGCAAAGAAAAAACUCAUAUCUGUCCACAUCAGGCCUCACGUGGGCAACCUCUCAGAUUACCCCUUCUGCAUCACACCGCAACAAAUAGUGAUUCCAGCAAAGAGCAGCGGAGCCAUCCACGUGUCUUUCACUCCUUUGACUCUUUCUGGGUCUGCUCGUGAGACCAGAUGUGUCGGCUUGGCUCUGGGUUUCAUGAGCCUAGACUCUGAGUUGGCUGCUUGUGUUCCUGGUAAAGUUGGGAGGGUUCAGGGUUUGGAUUUAGAGCCUGUCAGGGUGGAUCUACUAGCAGCUGUUAAGACUGCAGCGCUGUUAGUGCAGAUGGAGGAGGACGACGGGGCGCUGGAGUUUCGUGCUUCGGCCGGUGAUUUACUGGACGCGCACUCAGACAAGGAGAUAGUAGUGCAUGAAUUUGACAUCACACAAAGCUUCCAGCUGAAAAACACUUCAGAGAUGCCGCUACACUUCACCCUGGGGGCUCAGCCUCCAUUUUCGGUGGUCAAGCCAAAACCUCGGGCCCGGACCAGCGGCUCCAGCAAUCCUCCCACCGGUGACAGUCAGCCUUUAGUGCUUAAGCCUCAACACAGCAUGCAGGUGAAAGUGGCCUUCCACUGUUCCCUGCCCCUUCUGGACCACGUGGACCAGACAGAUGAGGAAAUCCCUUCUGGGGUGAUGGUGAUCCACGGUGCAAAUGGGCAGAGGAAGCUGAGGUUCAAGCAAAACCUCCUGAUUCACUACAGCAACAACACUCUGCAGACAGUGCCGCUCUGUGCCCAUCUGGAUCUUCCAGCACUGUGUUUAUCUGCUGACAGCAUGGAGUUUGGGUUUUGCUAUGUGAGGCAAACACAAACCAGAGAAGUAAAUCUGUACAGCCACGGGGCCCGCGUGUACUGGAAAUCAAUUACAAAGUCAGGUGAAGGGGACUCCCAUGCGUUCAGAGUAACGCCUGACUGUGGACUGCUCGGGCCCAAGGAGCACCAUGGCACCAGCUGCAGCCAGUGUCUUCAGAUCAGCUUCACUCCCAGUGAGGACAGGGAGUUCAGGGCCGUGCUGGUUAUCCAGUGUCCUCUAGUAAAGCCUUCCCUCACGCUGCAGCUCCGGGGAACAGGAUCCUUUGAUGAGAUGUACAGGUCCAUCUAAAUACGUUACAUCUGUG